AUGAGUCGCAACCAGACUCUUUCGACGGCGGCCAUCGAGCAAUCGAUUGACGAAGGUCACAUCAUCGUCGUCCACGAAGGAUACGUCCUCAAGCUGGAUGGAUGGCUCGACAAACAUCCUGGCGGUCGGCUCGCUAUCCUCCAUAUGGUCGGCAGAGAUGCGACCGACGAGAUCAACGUAGCAUACCGGAUCGGCCGGAUAGCCCAGCCCUGGAGAAACCUGGAGCCGCCCAUCCGCCGCGCCGCCAUCCGUCAGCACGACGACAUUCCCUACGAUGAGAAGACACAAGGAGACGUGGUCCUCGAUGAGACAGAGGCCAUCUUGGCACAGAACAAGGCAAAUGCUCUGAGGGCAGAGCACUCGUCCCGCAUGGCCUUCACCUCGGCCAUGGAACAGAAAGAGAUUACUGAGGGGCUUGCCAGCAUGCCCUCAGUCGAUGAACAUACACAACUGGCUAUCGCUAUGGACUUCCGUGCUCUGCACGAACGUGUCAAGAACGAAGGCUUCUACAACUGCCCAUACACCGAAUAUGGCAAGGAGUUGAUUCGCUACUCGGUGCUCUUCGGCACUUUCAUCUACUUCCUCCGUGCCGAGUGGUAUCUCACAUCCGCCUGCUUCCUGGGCAUGUUCUGGCAACAAAUCAUGUUUACUGCUCACGAUGCUGGCCAUCGUGGCAUCACUGGCAACUUUAUUACUGAUACUUUAAUUGGUGCUUUCAUUGCCGACUUCUGCUGUGGCCUUAGUAUUGGGUGGUGGAAGAGCUCGCACAACGUCCACCAUCUCAUCACAAACAUGCCAGAACAUGAUCCUGAUCUUCAGAAUGUCCCUUUGUUCGCCACAUCGCCCACCUACUUCCGCUCUAUUCUGAGCACCUUCUACAACUUCACCUUUGUCUGGGACGCUGCCGCCGAUUUCCUUGUGCCAUACCAGAAGUACACCUACUAUCCUGUUAUGGCGAUUGCGCGAUUCAACUUGUAUCUGCUAUCCUGGCUGCACCUCAUGUCACCUCGUGCCGCCAACCUAGGUUCCGCUUGGUGGACUCGACCUGUCGAAAUCCUCUUCAUGGCUGGCUACUGGACUGUCUUUGGCUAUGGACUUCUCUGGUGCACACUCCCUACCUGGCCUAUCAGAGUUGCAUUCGUGCUUAUUUCUCAUUGUAUCACCAUGCUUUUGCACGUCCAAAUCACCCUGAGCCAUUGGGGUAUGCCAACAGCAGAUCUCGGGCCUACCGAGAGCUUCCCGCAGCGACAACUACGCACCACUAUGGAUAUCGACUGCCCCGCCUGGCUAGAUUUCUUGCAUGGCGGCUUGCAAUUCCAAGCUAUCCAUCACCUCUUCCCUCGUGUGCCUCGUCACAAUCUGCGAAGAUUGCAAGUUUUGGUUCGCGAGUUUUGCGACAAGACUACCAUCAAGUAUGAGUGCUAUGGUUUUGUCGAGGGCAACCAGGUUGUCUUGAGCAGGCUCGAGGAAGUAGGAAAGAUGGUUGAAACGUUAGUCAAGUGCCAGAAGUUCAUGGCUGAGACUGGAGAAAGCGGACUUCAUUAG